CCUCCCUCCCUCCCUCCCUUCUUUCUUUCUCUCUUUCAAGCUGGUUGGGCUCCUUCCUUCCUGACACACGCAGCAGUGCCCUCGCUGACCUGCAGGUCGGCAGCAGGAAACUCCGUGGCAAGCUCCCUCCUUCCUCAGCUCACCUGGGAACCCCAGCAUGGCCGUGGCACCUGGGCCCGCUUGGAUGCCCCGCUGGACGGGAGCCCACCGUUCUUUGGAGAAAGCCCUCCAGGGGUUAACCAAGCUGCAACAGCUGGCGUGCCAACCUCAGGUGGCCCUUCGGAAUAGCCCUCCUCACCUGCCUUCCCUCCUGCCCCUGAUCUACCAGCACCUGAGGCUUAUUCGAGAGCAUUACGGGGCCGGUUUGGCUGAAGUUUGGGAAUCAGAUUUCUUUCGCAUUUUUCUCCUGAAUCUGCUGGAAAAGGUUAAGCAAGCCACACGGCUGUUCAAAAGAGGGAAAGACAAGGAGGAGCUUUUGCUGGAAGGCUCGGCUGCCAGGAGGAACCUCACCAAGCUCUCCCUGAUCUUCAGUCACAUGUUGGCUGAACUACAAGCCGUGUUUCCCAACGGGGAGGACCAAGGCAGCACGUACCAGCUGAGCAAGCAAGAGGCCCAGGUCUUCUGGAGGGGCACCUGGAAGGAACGGACCCUGGUUCCCUGGUCUGAAUUUCAAAAAGGCCUCCAGCAAGUCCAUUCGGUAGAUCCUGGUCCGAUGGCCAUAGCUUUGAAGUCCACCAUUGACCUGACCUGCAGUGGCCAUAUCUCCAUAUUUGAAUUUGACAUCUUCACACGUCUCUUCCAGCCUUGGCCAACCCUGUUGAAGAACUGGACUUAUCUAGCAGUAACACAUCCAGGUUACAUGGCGUUCCUCACUUACGACGAGGUGAAGGCACGGCUGCAGGCAUAUGUCAACAAACCUGGCAGCUACAUUUUCCGACUCAGUUGCACCCGGUUGGGCCAGUGGGCGAUCGGCUACGUGACGUCUGAUAGAGGCAUCUUACAAACCAUCCCAGAGAAAAAGUCCCUCUUCCAGGCCCUGGUGGACGGACACAAGGAAGGCUUCUACCUGUAUCCAGAUGGGAAAAACAUGAAUCCGGAUCUGGCAGAGUUGAUGGAAGGUUCCACUCGUAACCGAAUUAAGGUCUCGCAGGAACAGUUCGAGCUCUACAGCCAGGUGGAAUCCACUUUCCAGCUUUGCAAAAUCUGCACCGAGAACAACAAGGAUGUUCAAAUCCGUCCGUGCGGGCAUCUUCUCUGCCGGGAAUGCCUGAAGUCAUGGCAGCUUUCAAAAUCCCCCACGUGCCCCUUUUGUCGCCAGACGAUCUGGGGCCAUGAAGAUGUGGAGGUCAGCCCGUAUAGCUCCAAGGAAGGCAGCCCCACCACCAAGGAUGAGAGCGACGAGGGCGACCUGGAGGAUGUGGACCUGGUGUUACAACAGCUGAUGCUCAUGCGGCAGAAUCAAAGGAGAGCGGAUCCCGUUUCGUCUCCCGAUCUAGACCCUCCGUUGCAAACCCCUCCGGUACCCCCAAGACUAGAUCUCCUGCAGCAGAGACCGCCGGCCCUUCCUCUUCCAGACUAUCAAACCCUUUCCUCUUCGAGCCACUGGAUCAGGGAUCGCCCAUUGCCGAGCCUUCCUCAAGAACACCUUCCGUCCGUCAGCUCAUGGAACAGCCCCGCAGCUUCUCCAGUUGAGGAGAGGCGAGAGGGAUCCCAGCGAUGAGUUGCUUCCAGACAAGCAGAGUAAGCAGGUAAGGGUCAUAUCUGAUCUGCGCUGUCCGAUUGGUGGAAUCAAGUCUGGGAGAGCCAACCAACGGUGUCUACUCUGUCCUUCCACGUGGCCGAAUGAAGGAGAAGUUGGUUUACUCACGGUUCUGAGGCUUCACCCAGCUUGUCUACCAACAGAAGGAAAUCAACAGAGCAAAAGCAAGUGCUUUUGAGAUGACAAUCGGGAUAUUUUUAGGAAUGUUUUACAUAACAGAUGUCUUUUUCUGGACGAACUACCGUGAUUUUACGAUUCUGCAUUGCUACCAUCUCAAGAAUCACAUUUCCUUGUUUUGGGAAAAGGGGACUUAUCGGACGGUAGCUGCAUGAUCACCAUUCAUGCCUUAUAACGAUAGUUCUCGACCCUUCCUUCACCACAAACUCCCUUCAAAUACCUUUU